AUGUCAUACCGGUACAUUCAGUUAUUAUCCCUCUCACAUACGUAAAUAAAAGGGCUAACAUAAAGCAAGAAAUUUUAUUUGGGCACAAAUAAAGUAAACCCUGCCACACACACACCACACACGCGCACGCGCUCGCACACCCAUAAUAAAACAACACUCAAUUUAUUGGCAUCUCUGAUAGCGAAAACGAGGCAUAUUUUUGGAUAGUGCCCGAAGGUGUUUAUUUAUUCUGUCACGUUGACCACAAAGACGGCAGUUAAGGUCACAACUGCCACUUUCUACUGCUUAUGACAGAGACGACUACUUUCAUUGUCAUUUCUUUAUACAGCAUAUAAGUAAAAGUGGUCAAAUUUAAUCUUUCAAAUUUCAAAAUCGCCGGCUACAUUUUUACUUAAUAGGUACUGUAACUUCCGCUUACCUCAGCACUGACUUCCGCCAGCUGAGCAGAUGAAUCUUUGUCUGACAGGUCCAAGGCUGUAUUUUGCCCUUGCUCCUAAAUAUUUUGUGAGCCUAAACAGCGCACAGGUUGGUAACAGGACAAUUACGCGUGAUUCCAAGCAUAUUAUAAAUCACCAUUUAGCGCAAUCUAGGUCAAAAUCUGUGAAGUGGAGUACAUUUGGCAGAUAUUUCCCUCGUCAAGUUCAACACCGUCAAAUGCGAGCCUACACGGCUGCACACAAUGAAAUGGAUCUGGUAGAUUUAGUUCGUAAACUCCACCACCUAGCACCUCUAGCGCUGGCCGAGGACUGGGAUAAUGUUGGUCUGCUGGUUGAACCGUCUGCACCUCAUAAAGUCACUGAUGUGCUGCUAACUAUAGACCUGACUGAGGAGGUAUUGGCAGAAGCAUUGGAAAAGAAAGUGAACUUCAUUCUCGCCUACCAUCCACCCAUCUUUGUUCCUUUGAAGAAACUUACGCAGUCGUCAGUGAAGGAGCGGAUCAUCGUAAAAUGCAUAGAGAACAGAAUAGCUGUAUACAGCCCACACACCUGUGUGGAUGCUAUGGAGGGAGGAGUGAAUGAUUGGCUAGUUGAAGCAUUUGGUAAAACAGAGAGAUCAGAUCCUAUCAGCCCAAGUCUGGCUCCCAGCUGGCCCACUGUUGGCAGUUACAGGGUUGAUACAAGAGUGCCUGCCAAUGUGAUCCAUGAAUUUGUGACUCGAGUACAGAACACCCCAGAAGUGGAGAUAACAGACUCAGCAGGGUUGAACUCUAGUGGUCCAGAUCUAAGGUUACAAUUGAACUGUGGAGAGAAAAGCUUAUCCAACUUGAUAGAGCUCUUGCAUAAAUACCAUGCGUACAAGGAGUUCACUGAAGUCAUAGCGCUAGUAAAGCCUCCUAUGCCAGGCUUCGGCAUGGGACGUAUUUCUAAACUCAGUAGUCCCGUCACAUUAGAUGAUGCUGUCACGCGUGUUAAACAACACCUGAACCUGGAGAGAGUCAAUCUGGCAAUCGGAGCUGGUUGCAGCCUUAAGUCAGACAUCAAAACAGUGGCAGUGUGUGCAGGCUCAGGGAGCGGAAUCCUCCAAGACAUCAAGGCUGACCUGUACUUCACUGGAGAGCUUACUCAUCACCAGGUGCUGGAUGCCCAGUCCAAAGGCAGGAGUGUUAUUCUCUGUGGCCAUACCAACACUGAGAGGGGAUACCUUACACAUCUGAAGGAGAAGAUGGACAUCAUGGUGGAGGGAAAAGUCAAUGUUCUCUUGUCUCAAACAGAUACAGAUCCAUGCCCAUUUGUAUAGGCCUGCAACAGUUCCAUGGUAUCAUGGGGAAAGGAUUUUUAGAGCUUCCAGAUUUUGUCUUCAAUCAAUUACUUUUGUUGUGUGCAAAUUUGUCUUUUGUUUAACUUCUAUACAUACUAGUCUUGAGAUUGAGUCUUAAUUGCCAAAGGUCUUUUCUUUAUCUGGUAUUAUACAUUUACAUUUAAGUUCUGUUAUUCAUAGAUAAUUUUUUUAAAAACUAACAUUACAUACAGCAAAUGUCAAACAGAAGCUGGAGAGGGAGAGGCUAAAACCCUUUGUAAAAUAUUCACAGUACAGCGUAGUGAUGAUGACAAUAGUAUACAUUUUACACCCUCGGUGGUAUUUUAGUGCCAUAAUAAUUAAACCUACAAAUUCUUUGUUAUAAAUUGUUAACAGUUACGUUCAUUCAAGUUUUCAGAUUUCCAAUAUUGACUUAGAAGCCAAAUAAGCAGUAAAAUAUCUUUCAGGACAUCUUUUGGAAGACCCGAAAGGCCAUUUUAAGCUGCCAUUUAAUAAAACUUGUUAAAGUCAAUUUCUACUGAUAUAUGUGCACAUCGUGUACAAGUAUGUUAGUUAUUACAAACCUUAUGUUUUUGGUGCUGAAGUACAAGUGACCUAAUGGUUUACCAAGAUACCAGAUAAAAGCUUGGUAAUGAAUUUAAUCUCAUGCCAAAUAUUGCUAUUGCCAACAUUUAACCCCAAUGUAGAAAUCUUCUGUUUAUUAUUAAAAUUUUUACCUGUAAUAUAAACAUAAAUGUUGAAAAUUUGCAAUUUUGGAAAUAUGCAAAGGCAGUAUUGUUGCAUGUUCAUGGUUCUUAAGGCUCAUUUAUGAUAUUGUGAUACAAACCUAGAGCUUUGGCAGUGUUUUCUCUCCAGCCCCUUUUUAAGGUAUAUAGUGAAAGUGAAUAAAGGCAAGUGCUAAUAGAAUAAUGGACAACCUCGCUGUUAAUGGUUCUGUUUUGAUGGCAUCAUACAGUUGAUCUUAUGUAACCAAGGUUAUAUUUGUAAUUGUGAAAUACUUAUGCUUUCAGUGCCUUUUUCAUAAAAAAAAAUGGUAAAAUUUGGAGCAAUUUAUUCAUUAGACAAUUUUCAAGUCUUUCAUUUCUUAACAAUAAAAUGA